GUUGGCAUUCUCGUCUCCUUCUGCUUCCUUCGCUCCACGAACAAAGAGUCAACAUGUCCGGAAGAGGUAAAACCGGUGGAAAGGCCAGAGCGAAGGCCAAGACCAGGUCCUCCAGGGCCGGGCUCCAGUUCCCCGUCGGCCGUGUCCACAGACACUUGAGGAAGGGUAACUACGCCCAGCGUGUCGGCGCCGGAGCUCCGGUGUACCUGGCGGCGGUGCUGGAGUACCUGACCGCUGAGAUCCUGGAGCUGGCCGGCAACGCGGCCCGCGACAACAAGAAGACCCGGAUCAUCCCCCGGCACCUGCAGCUGGCCGUCCGCAACGACGAGGAGCUCAACAAGCUGCUGGGCGGAGUGACCAUCGCUCAGGGCGGCGUGCUGCCCAACAUCCAGGCGGUGCUGCUGCCCAAGAAGACCGAGAAGGCCGCUAAGAAGUAGAGGCCCGGACCACCACAACAACAACAACAACAACGGCUCUUUUAAGAGCCACGCACACAACUAAAGACAGAUUCUUUAUUACGUCUUGAUUAUUGUCUAGAUUACAAUGUGAUGCUGCUGACACAAAUGUAAUAUUUAAUGAUUCAUUAGUAAAAUAUGUUCAGAACUAAA